AUGGUCAAACCAGUCAUCACUUUCGACCAAGAGGUCUACAUGCCAGGGGACAAAGUGUCCGGAACGGUCACUUUGGACCUCGCCAAACCACUCAAGGCAAGAUCGGUUUUUGUCAAUUGGUGGGGAUACAAUCGGUCGGUGAAUGUCAAGUUUCCUUCCCUCAAAUACCACACUUGGAUCAACGAUGAGAAGAUGCUUUGGGUUUCAAAAGACGGAAAGACCCCAAUCCCUGCUGGAAAGCACGUCUACUCAUUCUCAUUUGUCUUGCCCAAGGACUGUCCCCCAACUUUCAAGGGAAGCAAUGGUAACACUUGUUACAGAGCGCAGGCUGUCAUCGACAUUCCAUGGAGUCUCAAGACCAGAGUUAAGGAGGAGUUUACUGUCACUAAAGCGGUUGAGGAGGAGAUAGUGAGCAAGUCGAGAAAUAGAGAGAAGUGGUUCCACGAUCACUUGUUCAGCUCGGGAGUUUUCUUCUCAUCGGGACCAAUUAAGCUCAGGAUUAUCAUGCCACAUAGAGCCUACAAAUUCGGAGAGCCACUUGACCUCGAAUUCCUAAUCACCAACAACAGUGGUGUGGCUGUAAAGGAAAUUUACGCGGACUUCUUCACUCGUGCUCACUAUCAUCUUUGUAACCAACACACUCCGUGCGCGACCUUCUUCAGAAACAAUUGCCCAUUGAAUGAUGAUCAACAGAAGAACUGUUCGAAGAGAAUCUCCACUAAUAAGAUGAAGAUUCGUGUUGAGCCACACUCCGAGGGCACUUUCACUCUUCCAGUUGUCAUUCCCGAAAAGGCAAAGACGGCUUCAUUCGCAACUGGUCUCAUGACUUUCGGAUACUCGUUGCUUAUUGGAAUGAAGGUUGAGAACACUCUCUUGCGCAAUGAGUUCUUCUUAACGGUCAUUAUCGGAGAGAUUGAUGAUAAGAAGGCUCUGGAGAUCAAGGCAAAAGAGCUAGAGGUGUCGGAGACUGCUGCACCACCAGCGUAUGAACCAUAA